CCAGUCAGAUUAUUUUCCCGACAUGUGGUUCAAGCUUAGCCUAGCGGUCUGUCUGCUGCUGAUCAGCAAUGAGGUGGGAUCCACAGACUACUGUAGGAAGGAUCUCUGCCCGCCAUUGAGUAGGCACAUUGCCUGUGAGAAUUAUGGGGACUUUCAUGAGAGUUGCGGCACUGGAGCGGUCAUCAUGCAGUUUCCGAUGCUUCUGCAGGCACAGCUCUUGUCUAGCCUAAACUCUUUCCGCAAUGCCAUAGCUCUGGGAAGGUAUCCUCCAUUCAGACCAGCAGCCAGAAUGAGCUCGUUGCGAUGGAGCGAGGAGCUGGCAGGGCUGGCCAAAUGGAUCACAUCAAUGCCAUGAGGCCGACGAAAGAUG